AUGGAAGAAUAUGAAGAAGACGAAGACGAUGAGGCGGAAGAGACCCAGUUUGUAGACGAGGAGCCCUUGUCACCACCCAUCUCAGGCACGGAUCAUAAUUCUCUGUCUCUCGAUGAAAAUGAUCCAUUCUUGGCUCCAAUGAUGCCUGGUGGACCUUUUGAACCCUAUGUUGAGCCCGUUCCAGGCCAGUUUGACGCCGCCGAUGGAUCGUUCAAUAUGGGUAUGGAUGGGAUAAGCGAUUUCUUCGGAAUGGAUACUGCAACUGACUUCAACCUCCCAUUUGCGGCAACCUGUAAUUACAAUUGGCUAUUCAACGUCAACUCUCUAGAUGACGCCUUUCACCAAUUCGAAUUUCCUCUCGGCUACGACGCUAGUUCCUUCCCAGACUCAAUCAACACUGAUCACCAUGCUAUCGAGAAAUGCGAUGGUCCAUCGAUGCUGUUGGAAGUGGCUUCGAUGAUGAACAAAGUCCCGACUCCACACACCUUAUCUCCAACGUCCCCCGGUCUGCUCGACAUGGACUGGAUGUCUGGAUCAUCAUAUUUAGGCCCUAACCCCCCACAAUGUCUACCGCGACUAUCUGAAGAUACCCAGAGAGGUAUUCUAGCUCUCGUGGCUCAAACACAGCCUACGGGGAUGGAUGGACAACCAAUGGCUCUCGAUUCACAUUUACUCAGUCUACCCGCACUGCAAGGCUACUGCGAUCUCUUCUUCACUCGUUUUAAUGUUACUUAUCCGCUCAUUCACCAAGCAACCUUCAACCCAAAUAUUGUCGACCCUGUUCAUCUGGCCGCUAUCUUAUUCAUGGGCGCUACCUAUAGCACCAGAGAAGCCCACCAGCUGGCCGUGGGAGUCCACGACAAGCUUCGGAAUCAACUACUAUGCCAUAAUGACUUUUCACCACAGCCCGACCUCUGGGUCUUGCAGACCAUGCUUCUGAUUGAUUGCUUCGGCAAGAUGAGGGCGGGUCCCAAGCAGCGAGAACGCGCUCAGCUAUUCCAUUGUGUUUUGAUCAAACUUAUUCGUCGGAGCAAUUGUUGCCAUAUUCAGGAUUCGUCUCAUCUGGCGAAUGCAGAUGAUCUUGAUCAGGCGUGGAGACAAGCCAUGGAUGCGGAGCAAAGGAAACGUUUGGCGAUGCACUGUUUCAUGUGGGAUACUCAGCACGCUGUAUUAUUCUCGCAGUCCCUGUGCAUGUCGGCGUUCGAGAUCAGAUCUUCCCUACCUUGCAGCUCAACUGCUUGGGAAGCUUCAUCUGCUCGCGAAUGGGCACACAGUGCUGUUCGUGAAUCAAAUCGCCUCUUCCUCACUGUCUUGAAGGGAUAUAUCACCCCAGGGGCGGUUUCUCGACCUCGGGACUUGAACGUAUUCGCCCGUACGGUUGUCCUGCACGGAUUGAUGUCCGUUUCGGCGGAUCUGAAGCGCCGCGAUCAAACAACACUGCGAUCAGAGACGCCUGAGAAAGUUGGGGCAUGGACCCCUCGAAUGAGCCGGUCCUACGAUCUAUGGAAAGUUGACUUUGACGCGGAUUUCCUAGCGAUGAAAUUGACGCAGACCUCGGACCCCCGUCGCUUCACGGGGUUGAAAAUGGCCGCGCAUGCUCUCUACCAUGCUGCUUGCUUGGCUUUGAACGUUGAGAUUUUGGAUUUGCAGGUUGUUGCAGGCGCAGUGCAGAUCCUCGGACGGGCUGUUACUCCUGCGGAUCAAUCACGUUCCCAGCGGACUAUUCUUCGCUGGCUCCACGAGGGAUGUGAAGCAUCUUCUGUUGCUGCAAGGCAUGCUUCAUACCUCCUUCAGGAUGCAGUGCUGAGCCUGCACGAUUGGGACCAAACAGAUGCUUUCCAUUUCCCGUGGUGCCUGUAUCUGGCUACAUUGACGUGCUGGGUGUUCCAUCGCGGGAUGGAACACGCGCCCGCAGAGAGCCGAGUUACCACGGAUCUAUCUUCUUUGAUUGUGAUGAUGACCAAUUGUCCUAGUGCAGUUGAGUUGGCGGCGCUUUCAGGAAAGUAUGAUCCGAAACCGCUGGCAGCGGCAAUGGCUCAACAAUUAGCGACCGUCCGAUGGGCUGUUGUACACGAUGCGAUGAAGGUUUUGAUUGGCUUGUCUCAAUAG